UGGCGUCCGAGGAUCCAGAGGUUUGAAUGGACCCGUUCUUUGAGUCCAAACGAAGAUAACCAUCAUCGAGCAAAAAUCACUGCGUUUCCAUUUUCAUUUAUCGCUGCCUCUUCGCAUUACCAUUUGUAACUAAAACUGUUCGGCCUCUUGGAUCUCUCUGUCUCUCUUAGAAACAGGAAAAAGAUCACGUUUUGCACCGAGACACGGUCGCCCUCCUCGAUACUUCUUCUCCAUCAUCAUCUUCAUCACAAUCAUCAUCAUCAUCGUCCGUUCUUGUUCAUUGCUUUCUUGUCCGUCACUCCACUCCUCGGGGUCGUCCCCUUAUAUUUCGGCGCUGGAGCUGAUGUUUGGGGGGUAACUGGAGAGCAUCGAUCGACUCUCGUACACUGUUUCAUGGCGUGCAUGAAGUUGGGUUCCAAGCCUGAGGCCUUUCGCCUCGACGGCAACUCCUGGAUUUGCUUGACCGGGUUACCGAGCGAUGUUGUGAUUGAAGUUGGAGACACAUCCUUCCAUUUGCAUAAGUUUCCCUUGCUGUCUCGAAGUGGGUUGUUGGAGAGCCGUAUCGGAGAAUGUUCCAGAGACGAUGAGCAGAAAUGCACGGUGCGUCUCGAUGAGAUACCUGGUGGUGCCAAAACCUUUCUCCUCGUGGCGAAAUUCUGUUAUGGCGUCAAACUGGAGCUCACCGCGACAAAUGUGGUCAGCAUCAGAUGCGCGGCAGAGUAUCUCCGGAUGAACGAGGACUAUGGAGAUGCUAACCUCAUAGUCCAAACCGAGAAUUUCAUGAAUGAGAUCUUCGGAAGCUGGUCUGACUCCAUCAAAGUGCUAGAAACCUGUGAGGAGGUCCUCACGCAAGCAGAAGAGCUUCAUGUAGUCUCGCGAUGCAUCACUUCCUUGGCAAUGAAAGCCUGUGCGGACCUGAGCCUGUUUACUUGGCCAGUUUCCUCUCAUGGCGGAUCAGAAAGUCCAGCCGAUUCUGCAUACUGGAAUGGAAUAUGUGCAGCCGGCAAGGCGGACUCGAUUAGUGAGGAUUGGUGGUACGAGGACGCCUCCAUCCUCAAGUUAUCAUUCUAUAGGAGGCUGAUUCUAGCCAUCAGUAACAGGGGCAUGAAGCCAGAGAGGGUUGCCGGGUCGGUCAUGCACUAUGCAGUGAGGCACCUGCCGUUGAUGCACCGGCAGUCAAGCUUGCAAAACCGAAAGCUUGCUGCGACCUGUUCGACCAUUUCAGCAUCGCCCGAAGUGGAUCAAAAGAAUCUUCUCGAACAAAUAGUCGAGUUACUCCCCUACCAAAAGGCUGUGUUUCCUACCAAUUUCCUGCUUCGACUUCUGAGGACAUCCAUGAUCUUACAUGCCGGAUCGUUGUGCCGAGAGAACUUGGAGAGGCGCAUCGGGGCACAAUUGGAGCAAGCCCUCCUCAAAGACCUCCUCAUACCAAACAUGGGUUGUUCAGCGGAGACGCUCUAUGACAUUGAUUGUGUUCAAAGGAUCCUCGAUCACUUCAUCGAGGAAGAAUGCGACGCGUAUGAUCUGAACACAAACUGUCUGGAAGGACAACCAAGGGGAGGUUCCCAUGCCUCGACUCCGAUGACAAUGGUUGCUAAUUUGGUCGACAGUUAUCUUUCCGAGGUGGCGCCCGAUGUUAACUUGAAGCUGCCGAAAUUCCAGUCGCUCGCCGCUGCCAUCCCUGAAUAUGCCAGGCCAUUGGAUGAUGGUAUCUACCGUGCAACCGACAUAUAUCUAAAGGCACAUCCCUGGCUUACGGAUUCCGAGAGAGAACAACUAUGCAGGCUCAUGAACUGCCAGAAGCUCUCGCUUGAAGCCAGCACGCACGCCGCCCAAAACGAGCGGCUACCUCUUAGGGUGAUCGUGCAAGUUCUUUUCUUCGAGCAACUCCGUCUCCGCACUUCGGUCGCAGGCUGGUUCUUUGUGUCCGAUAACCUCGACGCCUCGCAGAACCCAAGUAGCGACCUUGUGCUUGCGAGGACCGAAGCCCCGGACCCGGGGGCUACGACCCAACAGUUCACCAUGGCAGCUGGCGACAUGAGGGAGAGGGUCUGUGAGCUCGAGAAGGAGUGCUUGAGCAUGAGGCAGGACCUGGAGAAGCUGGUGAAGACGAGAGGGAGCUGGAACAUUCUCUUCAGGAGAUUAGCUUUCCGCCUCAAGUCGAAAUCUCCAAAACUGCCGAAGCCAUUCGAUGAUGCCAAAGAUUCGGAGAUAUCAACAGCAACCCUGGUGGAUGGCAAAGAAAGCCAUCGUAACACCGAAAAGGAAGAGCCGUCGAAGAUUUAGUUUUCCAUCGAGUCGUGCAUCUCUCCCUUUUUCCAUAUAUCGUUGUUAUCAGUUAAAUCUGUUAGUACGCGGCCCUUGAUUUUGUUCUAUCCUCAAGUUUCUUUUAUGGGGUUAGUCUUGAUCUAUUUUGCAUUAUUCUCUUACAGAAGCAAUAGGGUGCAUGUUGCCUUGUGGUUAUUUCAACUGUACGUGUAACUAGAAUGUCUG